CACUGAAGUUUGGAUGACGAAUCCGAUUGCGGCAAACAAGUCCACUAUUGAUGACGUAGGCACAUGCGUUGCCCAGCUGAAGCGAUGUGGAGGAUUCUUCCUAGAAUCUUCUCACUACAACUAAACAAAAACUCCGUGAAAUCCCUAUAUCAAUACCGGAGGCUGUAUAUUACGGCCCUUCAGCCGGACCGAGCAUCAACUUUUCCUGUGAGUGUUUUGAAGAAAAUGCCUGAUCCACAACAACACAGCGGGAUUGAGACGAAUCUCUACACGCCUCCUCCAGAGGUCAGUGGUAUGACCAUUUUGGAUAGAGAAGCCUUUACACAGACAGUUGUUGUCCCUGCGCUGCGUGUGCCGAAAGAAGUCUUGAAUAAAUUGGUGAAGAGCCUGAAAAAGGUAACCCUUCAGCGCCCGGGAAUGCGAAGAGUUUUGGAGGUUGAAGGCUGUGAUGACAAGCUGUUGCUGCUGGACCCUGUUAGUAUCUCCUCAACCAGCUCAUUCAGUGAUGCAGAGUCAGAGGCACUGCAGUCUUUUGGAGUUCCUCUGGAGCUCCAGCAGUACGAGCUGCAGCUGACCUAUGAUAACCUGAAGAGUGAAGAGGUUCUGCGUGCUGUGCUGCCAGAGGGACAGGACGUCACAUCUGGUUUCAGUCGAGUGGGUCACAUUGCACAUAUGAACCUGCGGGAACACCAACUGCCCUACAAACAGCUCAUAGGGCAAGUCAUAAUGGAUAAAAACCCUGGGGUGACCUGUGUGGUCAAUAAAACCAACACCAUCGACUCCACCUACCGCAACUUUAAGAUGGAGGUGAUGGCUGGUGAGGAAAAUAUGGUGGCCAAAGUGCGUGAGAACGCUGUGACAUACGAGUUUGAUUUCUCCCGUGUCUAUUGGAACCCUCGUCUUAGCACAGAACACGAGCGUGUGGUGGCCCUUCUGAAACGUGGUGACACUGUGCUGGACGUGUUUGCUGGCGUGGGUCCGUUUGCCAUUCCUGCUGCCCGCCGUGGCAGCACUGUGUUGGCCAACGACCUUAACCCAGAGUCCUACCGCUGGCUUAACCAUAACUGCAAGCUGAACAAGGUUGAACGCAAGGUCACAACCUUUAACUUGGAUGGCCGGGCCUUCAUCCGCAGUGCAGUGAAGCAGGAACUGCCUGCCUUGCUGAAGGGGACAGCUAGUGUGCAUGUGGUCAUGAACCUGCCUGCCUUGGCCCUGGAGUUCCUGGAUGCCUUUAGAGGCCUUCUGGACCAGGAACUUUCCUGUGACGAGAACCUGCCGCUGGUGCACUGUUAUGGGUUUUCUAAUAAGGAUGACCCCCAGAGAGAUGUGGUGGAAAGGGCCUCUGCCAGCCUUGGGUUCUCCCUAGAGGGGCAGUGUUCUGUUCAUCUUGUAAGGAACGUUUCCCCCAACAAAGAGAUGAUGUGUGUGAGCUUCACCAUCCCCAAAGAGGUCCUCUUCAACAGUGAGAGCAAACAGACAGAAAAUAUAGAAGAACCAGCCCUAAAAAGACAGAAGUGUGAGGAGAAAACAGAUUGAUUAUAUACUUGACCAACAAUGUCAUUCUAAGACAUUGAACUGUACAUUUUAUUUCUAAUCUCUGAAUUCUGUCAAUCUCUGAAUUUUCAUUUUAUAUUAAAGUGUCAGGUUCUAUUAUUAGA